CACUGUAUGAGAGAUUGAAAGUGAAUGCCAAUGGUAAACACAGUUUUACCCUGCUUAAUGGUUUUACCAGGCAAUGGUGUAGGCAUAGCAUACUGUCAGAUCAAUGGUUGGCUACAAUCCUGAAUUGAAGAUAAACAAGGCAGACCAGGCCAAGGCUGGGGCUAUCAGUAACGUCAUUGCAAGAGCAGUCACACAGCCAUUUGAUGUGUUGAAAAUACGAUUUCAGCUGCAGCUGGAGCCUAUAUCAGCGGGCAGCAGCAGUUCUAAGUACCAGAGCCUGCUUCAGGCUGUGAAAUGUAUGGUGAGAGAGGAAGGGCCAAGGGCACUGUGGAAAGGUCAUCUCCCAGCACAGUGCCUCUCAGUCAGCUUUGGAGUUGUAGAGUUUGUUUGCUUUGAAAACAUCACAAAACAUGUUUGGUUUCACUUGCCCCACGAGUUGAGCACAACAUACAAGCCACUGACCCAUGCAGUCAGCGGGGGAAUGUCUAGUUGCCUAGCAACAGUUGUCGUGCAACCAAUCGACAUCAUCAGAACAAGACUUGUUGCACAGGGGGAACCAAAAGUGUACAGGUCUAUGUACCAUGCUGCUGAGAGCAUAAUCAGACUUGAGGGUGUGAGGGGUUUCUACAAGGGAUUGAUCCCUGCCUGCAUUGGAGUGGCCCCUCAGAUGGGGCUGCAGUUUGGAUUCUAUGCGCUACUUCAGCGUGUCUGGAAUACAGCCUUGAAUCUGCCUUAUGAGCAUCAUCCUGGUGGUGUGGAAAGCUUUAUCUGUGGCUCAGGGUCAGGCUUCAUUAGCAAGCUUCUCAUCUACCCCAUGGAUCUCACAAAGAAGCGGCUGCAGGUUCAGGGGUUUGAGGACGCUAGGAAGAGAUUUGGUGCUGUCCACCAGUACAGGGGUCUAGCCCACUGUCUGUCUUCAACCCUCCAACACGAGGGAGUUCGGGGCUUGUACAAGGGUCUGGCUCCCAGCCUGCUUAAGGCAGUGUUUGCGACAGGAACCAUAUUCUGUGUUUAUGAUCAAGUGUGCUUUUUUCUGGCUAACAGAUAAUGCUGGUUGUGUUAAUACUGUUGGCAUAUCUGGUUGUUUUGGGAUAUGCUUAUUAUUUAUUUAUGCAUACUAUGGCCAGUGGAUGAGAAUAAUAGUCCUAGUGGGGAAAGUCAACAUCAGAACCAAAUUUCUCCCACUACGCUUUCUUUCUUGAUUUACCCUUCUAGAUAAGGCUUGCAAAAUGUUCCUUAUGAAAAAUUAAUUUUACGAACAAUCAUAGAAAAGACGUUAUGGCAUAAGUUAUGGCUAAAAAGCUUUUAUGAUAAUUACUAUUAUCUUGAAAAUGGGCAAUAUUGCUAAUAAAGGACAUUGCAGAAUGUGCACACAUCAGGUUUGUUGGUGUUAUUUCAUGCGUCAAAAGGUGACUCAUCAUAAAAAUGACUUCUGUUGCUCGCAGUAUUCGAGGUAGAAUGUAGCUUUAAUUUAAUGAUCAGGUAAACUGUGGCUUCCUAUGAUGAAUAAGAGCAUGCUAACCUACGAUUUAAUGUUCAAUGUAAGUAAGGUAAUAUGCAGAUUUCUUUUUACUAUUUAAAUACCAGUAUUUAAGGACUUGUGUAUUUACAUUAUGUAUUUAUGUAGCUGCAACUAAAAUGUUCUAUACCAUUAUAUUUACAUAACAUAUAUUAUUUGCUACCUCAAAUACUCAUGCUGUAUCUGUAUCACUGAAUAUGUUAUUUAAUGAAGAAGAAUGGCUCCCAUUUGCACUUGUCACCUGGUGUGGUGAUUAACUACUGACUGUAAUAAUUAUGAAAACAAGGAUAUCUAGGUCUUAUUCUAGGAAUAUUAUUUUUGAAUCAUUUGAUGGACUCGAUGAUUAAUGUUUUAUACCAAUAUAAAGAAGUGAAACUCCAGUUGUUUCAGCAGUAUUGCAUUCCUAUUAUAACCACAUUCAUGGUCCUUUAUUCAUGGCAAGUAACCAAUUGCCAAAACAGUAUGGCACAAUAUGAAACAACAUACACACCUAGUAGAAUAAAGCUGGGGUCACCGUCUUGGAACCGCUCAUCAUCAGCAAUUUUCACAUAUAAAAUUUAAUGUAAAUAUUCCUGGUCAUCAAAUUGUUUUAUGUAUAUAUCUUCUACUUAUGCUGUAAAAUGGAUGUGUAAAUUUUGAACUUUGGGGUAAUUGAAAAUAAUGUAAAAAAUAAUAAGAUCAAAUUAUCUUAUGUAUUUAUCUUAUGUAAUUUCAUGUAUUCAUGUUUUCUGUUUAGUAAGUAUGAUCUGUAUGAACAGUUUUAGUUUUUACACAUAGAAACCUUACAUCCUAAAUCCAACUUUCUCACAUGUCCUUUCGUCAUUUAUAGCUUAUUGUAAUUUAUAGUCUUUUGGCAGUAAGUUAUUAAAACCCAGUAUGUAUCUCAUUCGGCAGAUAUUUGUAUGGCUCCACAUAUCUUUCUACUGUUUAUAUUAUUGCUUUAAAUUCUGAAUGUUUUGAUUGUAUUGUAUCAUUGUAGCUGUCAAAAGCAAUAUGUUAUUGACACAUCAAUUUUCAGUUGUGAAUUUGCAGUAAUUGCUCAUGUUGAGCAUAUUUGAAUUGUGUAUGUUUUCAACUUGUGUUUUUAAAUAUACAAUCAUUAUAUCCCUGCAUUUUUUUAUUUUGAAAAAUUACCAUCAUGUCACAAAAUGAUGCAUAAUUGACAAUUUGAAAUUAUAGAAAAAAGAAGAUACUGUGUGUGAUUUCUUUUUUUACUUCAAAUAUUGUGGAUGUUUGAUGUAAUUUCCUAAGAUUUGGUGUUGUCAUGUUGAAAAAUAGUAUACGGUAAUACAGAUACAGCUGUGAUGUAAAAACAUUUAUUUAUUGCUCAUGCAAAUAGCAAUUCAAAGGCAUGUUGCAUGUAAACCAUUUUGUUUUUGUUGUUGGAAGAUAUGAAUAUCACAGAGUGUUUCUAGUUUACCAGUUUAUCUUGAAUGUGUUUAAUUAUUGAGUUUGUUUUUAUAUUGUAACUCUGUAAACGACGCUUGUCAGACAAAUCUUAUGGUUUCUAUGGUUACAUAAUUAAGUUGAAACUAAAAUCUGGAUCCUGCGCCAACAAAAAGUAAUUAGCUUAUUGUGAUGAUAGAGAACCAUAUGGUUACUAUGCGUGCUAUUCCAGUUUGUUUUGUCAUUCCGAAAUUAUGGAAUCUAUGUUUACAGAAGUAAUAGAAAACUAAAAUUUUUCUCAUGUCGGUCGGUCCAUCGACCAGAUGGUUUCCGGAUGAUAACUCAAGAACGCUUACGCCUAGGAUUAUGAAACUUUAUAGGUACAUUGAUCAUGACUAGCAGAUGACCCCUAUUGAUUUUGAGGUCACUAGGUCAAAUGUCAAGGUCACGGUGACCCGAAAUAGUAAAAUGGUUUCCGGAUGAUAACUCAAGAACGCUUAUGCCUAGGAUCAUGAAACUUCAUAGGUACAUUGAUCAUGACUCGCAGAUGACCCCUAUCGAUUUUCAGGUCACUAGGUCAAAGGUCAAGGUCAUUUAAAAAAAAGUUAUGAGCUAUUGUCAUCACCUUGGCGUCGGCGUCUGGUUAAGUUUUGUGUUUAGGUCCACUUUUCUCAUAAAGUAUCAAAGCUAUUGCAUUCAAACUUGUUACACUUACUUACUAUCAUGAGGGGACUGGGCAGGCAAAGUUAUAUAACUCUGGGGUGCAUUUUGACAGAAUUAUUUGCACUUUUUAUACUUAGAAAAUUGAAAAUUUGGUUAAGAAAAAAGUAUACUUUUUGGGAUUGGGAAUAUAGCCGAAUUUCGGCUAUAAAAUCGGGCCAAAAAAAAAACCCUGCCUAGGAUCAUGAAAUUUCAUAAGUACAUUGAUUAUGACUGGCAGAUGACCCCUAUUGAUUUUCAGGUCACUAGGUCAAAGGUCAAGGUCACAGUGACUCGAAACUGUAGAAUGGUUUCUGGGUGAUAACUCUAGAAUACUUAGGCCUAGGAUCAUGAAACUUCAUAGGUACAUUUAUCAUGACUUGCAGAUGACCCCUAUUGAUUUUUUACUAUAUAGCCUUGCAUCAUGCAUAGAUUAGUGUACAAGUAGUACUGCUUUGUUAGUUGUUAUAUAUUAUAUGUUAAAGAAUAAAAGAAACAUUAAAUGGGUGGACUUGGUCAGCUGUAUCGGGAGGAGGAGGCUAAAUAUGUCCCGAAAUUAGUCAGUGAAAACCAAGAUUUGGUCAGGGAAAAGUCAGUGAAAAGUCAGUGAAAAGUCAGGGAAUUUUAUUUCAUCAGGUUAGUGGCAGCCCUGAUAAACUACAUAGCAACUUCAUAUUUGGCUUACUGGGGAAGUUGUGCUUCUCAAAGAAAUUUGUUUAUUUUAUGCUUACCGGCGAGUUAUAGAGAAAUAUCAGUGAAAUAAAACUGAUAUUUCACUGUUUCAAAAAGUGAAACAUAACAGUGAAAAAUAUCAAUAUUUUUCACUGUUUUACUGUGAAAUGACACAUCAUUUUUUCGAAAAAAUGACGUCAUUAUUCCUGCGAAAUACUCCAGUUAAACUCUUUUACAAUGUAAAUAAACGGUGAAAAAAAGCAAAAAAAAAAAAAAAAAAUUGUUGGAUUCUGUGGAAAUCCGAUUUUAAUUCACGCGUGAUCAUAAAAUAUAUAAAUGUUUUUAUGAUCACUCGUGAAAUAAAAUCGAUAUUCCACCGAAUCCAACAAAUAUCCUCUAUUUAUUUAUACAUUAUACCGUGGCCUGUGGAUUAGAAUAAUAGUCCUAGUGGGGAAAGUCAACAUCAGAACCAAAUUCGUCCACUUAUCUUUCUUUCUGGAUUGACCCUGCUAGAUAAGGCUUGCAAAAUGUCCCAUAUGAGAAAUUAAUUUUACAAACAAUCAUAGAAAAGACAUUAUGGCAUAAAUAAUGGCUAAAAAGCUUUUAUGAUAAUUACUAUUAUCUUGAAAAUGGGCAAUAUUGCUAAUAAAGGACAUUGCAGAAUGUGCACACAUCAGGUUUGUUGGUGUUAUUUCAUGCGUCAAAAGGUGACUCAUCAUAAAAAUGACUUCUGUUGCUCGCAGUAUUCGAGGUAGAAUGUAGCUUUAAUUUAAUAAUCUGGUAAACUUUGGCUUCCUAUGAUGAAUAAGAGCAUGCUAACCUACGAUUUAAUGUUCAAUGUAAGUAAGGUAAUAUGCAGAUUUCUUUUUACUAUUUAAAUACCAGUAUUUAAGGACUUGUGUAUUUACAUUAUGUAUUUAUGUAGCUGCAACUAAAAUGUUCUAUACCAUUAUAUUUACAUAACAUAUAUUAUUUGCUACCUCAAAUACUCAUGCUGUAUCUGUAUCACUGAAUAUGUUAUUUAAUGAAGAAGAAUGGCUCCCAAUUGCACUUGUCACCUGGUGAUCAACUACUCACUGUAAUAAUUAUGCAACCAAGGAUAUCAAUAUCUUAUUCUAGGAAUAUUAUUUUUGGAAUCAUUUAAUGGACUCACUGAUUAAUGUUUUAUACCAAUAUAAAGAAGUGAAACUCCAGUUGUUUCAGCAGUAUUGCAUUCCUAUUAUAACCACAUUCAUGGUCCUUUAUUCAUGGCAAGUAACCAAUUGCCAAAACAGUAAGGCAACAUACGAAACAACAUACACACCUAGUAGAAUAAAGCUGGGGUCACCGUCUUGGAACCGCUCAUCAUCAGCAAUUUUCACAUAUAAAAUUUAAUGUAAAUAUUCCAGGUCAUCAAAUUGUUUUAUGUAUACAUGUAUAUAUCUUAUACUUAUGCUGUAAAAUGGAUGUGUAAAUCUUGUACUUUGAGGUAAUUGAAAAUAAUGUGAAAAAUAAUAAGAUCAAAUUAUCUUAUGUAUUUAUUUUAUGUAAUUUCAUGUAUUCAUGUUUUCUGUUUAGUAAGUAUGAUCUGCAUGAACAGUUUUAGUUUUUACACAUAGAAACCUUACAUCCUAAAUCUAACUUUCUCACAUGUCCUUUCGUCAUUUAGAGCUUAUUGUAAUUUAUUGUCCUUUGGCAGUAAGUUAUUAAAACCCAGUAUGUAUCUCAUUCGGCAGAUAUUUGUAUUGCUCCACAUAUCUUUCUACUGUUUAUAUUAUUGCUUUAUAUUCUGAAUGUUUUGAUUGUAUUGUAUCAUUGUAGCUGUCAAAAGCAAUAUGUUAUUGACACAUCAAUUUUCAGUUGUGAAUUUGCAGUAAUUGCUCAUGUUGAGCAUAUUUGAAUUGUGUAUGUUUUCAACUUGUGUUUUUAAAUAUACAAUCCUUAUAUGUCUGCAUUGUUUUAUUUUGAAAAAUUACCAUCAUGUCACAAAAUGAUGCAUAAUUGACAAUUUGAAAUUAUAGAAAAAAGAAGAUACUGUGUGUGAUUUCUUUUUUUACUUCAAAUAUUGUGGAUGUUUGAUGUAAUUUCCUAAGAUUUGAUGUUGUCAUGUUAAAAAAUAGUAUAAUACAGAUGCAGCUGUGAUGUAAAAACAUUUAUUUAUUGCUCAUGCAAAUAGCAAUUCAAAGGCAUGUUGCAUGUAAACCAUUUUGUUUUUGUUGUUGGAAGAUAUGAAUAUCACAGAGUGUUUCUAGUUUACCAGUUUAUCUUGAAUGUGUUUAAUUAUUGAGUUUGUUUUUAUAUUGUAACUCUGUAAACGACGCUUGUCAGACAAAUCUUAUGGUUUCUAUGGUUACAUAAUUAAGUUGAAACUAAAAUCUGGAUCCUGCGCCAACAAAAAGUAAUUAGCUUAUUGUGAUGAUAGAGAACCAUAUGGUUACUAUGCGUGCUAUUCCAGUUUGUUUUGUCAUUCCGAAAUUAUGGAAUCUAUGUUUACAGAAGUAAUAGAAAACUAAAAUUUUUCUCAUGUCGGUCGGUCCAUCGACCAGAUGGUUUCCGGAUGAUAACUCAAGAACGCUUACGCCUAGGAUUAUGAAACUUUAUAGGUACAUUGAUCAUGACUAGCAGAUGACCCCUAUUGAUUUUGAGGUCACUAGGUCAAAUGUCAAGGUCACGGUGACCCGAAAUAGUAAAAUGGUUUCCGGAUGAUAACUCAAGAACGCUUAUGCCUAGGAUCAUGAAACUUCAUAGGUACAUUGAUCAUGACUCGCAGAUGACCCCUAUCGAUUUUCAGGUCACUAGGUCAAAGGUCAAGGUCACGGUGACCCGAAAUAGUAAAAUGGUUUCCGGAUGAUAACUCAAGAACGCUUAUGCCUAGGAUCAUGAAACUUCAUAGGUACAUUGAUCAUGACUCGCAGAUGACCCCUAUCGAUUUUCAGGUCACAAGGUCAAAGGUCAAGGUCAUUUAAAAAAAAGUUAUGAGCUAUUGUCAUCACCUUGGCGUCGGCAUCUGGUUAAGUUUUGUGUUUAGGUCCACUUUUCUCAUAAAGUAUCAAAGCUAUUGCAUUCAAACUUGUUACACUUACUUACUAUCAUGAGGGGACUGGGCAGGCAAAGUUAUAUAACUCUGGGGUGCAUUUUGACAGAAUUAUUUGCACUUUUUAUACUUAAAAAAUUGAAAAUUUGGUUAAGAAAAAAGUAUACUUUUUGGGAUUGGGAAUAUAGCCGAAUUUCGGCUAUAAAAUCGGGCCAAAAAAAAAACCUGCCUAGGAUCAUGAAAUUUCAUAGGUACAUUGAUUAUGACUGGCAGAUGACCCCUAUUGAUUUUCAGGUCACUAGGUCAAAGGUCAAGGUCACAGUGACUCGAAACUGUAGAAUGGUUUCCGGGUGAUAACUCUAGAAUACUUAGGCCUAGGAUCAUGAAACUUCAUAGGUACAUUUAUCAUGACUUGCAGAUGACCCCUAUUGAUUUUUUACUAUAUAGCCUUGCAUCAUGCAUAGAUUAGUGUACAAGUAGUACUGCUUUGUUAGUUGUUAUAUAUUAUAUGUUAAAGAAUAAAAGAAACAUUAAAUGGGUGGACUUGGUCAGCUGUAUCGGGAGGAGGAGGCUAAAUAUGUCCCGAAAUUAGUCAGUGAAAACCAAGAUUUGGUCAGGGAAACGUCAGUGAAAAGUCAGUGAAAAGUCAGGGAAUUUUAUUUCAUCAGGUUAGUGGCAGCCCUGAUAAACUACAUAGCAACUUCAUAUUUGGCUUACUGGGGAAGUUGUGCUUCUCAAAGAAAUUUGUUUAUUUUAUGCUUACCAGUGAGUUAUAGAGAAAUAUCAGUGAAAUAAAACUGAUAUUUCACUGUUUCAAAAAGUGAAACAUAACAGUGAAAAAUAUCAAUAUUUUUCACUGUUUUACUGUGAAAUGACACAUCAUUUUUUCGAAAAAAUGACGUCAUUAUUCCUGCGAAAUACUCCAGUUAAACUCUUUUACAAUGUAAAUAAACGGUGAAAAAAAGCAUAAAAAAAAUAAAAAAAUUGUUGGAUUCUGUGGAAAUCCGAUUUUAAUUCACUCGUGAUCAUAAAAUAUAUAAAUGUUUUUAUGAUCACUCGUGAAAUAAAAUCGAUAUUCCACCGAAUCCAACAAAUAUCCUCUAUUUAUUUAUGCAUUAUACUGUGGCCUGUGGAUUAGAAUAAUAGUCCUAGUGGGGAAAGUCAACAUCAGAACCAAAUUCGUCCACUUAUCUUUCUUUCUGGAUUGACCCUGCUAGAUAAGGCUUGCAAAAUGUCCCAUAUGAGAAAUUAAUUUUACAAACAAUCACAGAAAAGACAUUAUGGCAUAAAUAAUGGCUAAAAAGCUUUUAUGAUAAUUACUAUUAUCUUGAAAAUGGGCAAUAUUGCUAAUAAAGGACAUUGCAGAAUGUGCACACAUCAGGUUUGUUGGUGUUAUUUCAUGCGUCAAAAGGUGACUCAUCAUAAAAAUGACUUCUGUUGCUCGCAGUAUUCGAGGUAGAAUGUAGCUUUAAUUUAAUAAUCUGGCAAACUUUGGCUUCCUAUGAUGAAUAAGAGCAUGCUAACCUACGAUUUAAUGUUCAAUGUAAGUAAGGUAAUAUGCAGAUUUCUUUUUACUAUUUAAAUACCAGUAUUUAUAUGGACCUUUGUAUUUACAUUAUGUAUUUAUGUAGCUGCAACUAAAAUGUUCUAUACCAUUAUAUUUACAUAACAUAUAUUAUUUGCUACCUCAAAUACUCAUGCUGUAUCUGUAUCACUGAAUAUGUUAUUUAAUGAAGAAGAAUGGCUCCCAUUUGCACUUGUCACCUGGUGUGGUGAUUAACUACUGACUGUAAUAAUUAUGAAAACAAGGAUAUCUAGGUCUUAUUCUAGGAAUAUUAUUUUUGAAUCAUUUGAUGGACUCGAUGAUUAAUGUUUUAUACCAAUAUAAAGAAGUGAAACUCCAGUUGUUUCAGCAGUAUUGCAUUCCUAUUAUAACCACAUUCAUGGUCCUUUAUUCAUGGCAAGUAACCAAUUGCCAAAACAGUACGGCACAAUAUGAAACAACAUACACACCUAGUAGAAUAAAGCUGGGGUCACCGUCUUGGAACCGCUCAUCAUCAGCAAUUUUCACAUAUAAAAUUUAAUGUAAAUAUUCCAGGUCAUCAAAUUGUUUUAUGUAUACAUGUAUAUAUCUUAUACUUAUGCUGUAAAAUGGACGUGUAAAUCUUGUACUUUGAGGUAAUGUAAAAUAAUGUGAAAAAUAAUAAGAUCAAAUUAUCUUAUGUAUUUAUUUUAUGUAAUUUCAUGUAUUCAUGUUUUCUGUUUAGUAAGUAUGAUCUGCAUGAACAGUUUUAGUUUUUACACAUAGAAACCUUACAUCCUAAAUCUAACUUUCUCACAUGUCCUUUCGUCAUUUAGAGCUUAUUGUAAUUUAUUGUCCUUUGGCAGUAAGUUAUUAAAACCCAGUAUAUAUCUCAAUUGGCAGAUAUUUGUAUUGCUCCACAUAUCUUUCUACUGUUUAUAUUAUUGCUUUAAAUUCUGAAUGUUUUGAUUGUAUUGUAUCAUUGUAGCUGUCAAAAGCAAUAUGUUAUUGACACAUCAAUUUUCAGUUGUGAAUUUGCAGUAAUUGCUCAUGUUGAGCAUAUUUGAAUUGUGUAUGUUUUCAACUUGUGUUUUUAAAUAUACAAUCCUUAUAUGUCUGCAUUGUUUUAUUUUGAAAAAUUACCAUCAUGUCACAAAAUGAUGCAUAAUUGACAAUUUGAAAUUAUAGAAAAAAGAAGAUACUGUGUGUGAUUUCUUUUUUUACUUCAAAUAUUGAGGAUGUUUGAUGUAAUUUCCUAAGAUUUGAUGUUGUCAUGUUAAAAAAUAGUAUAAUACAGAUGCAGCUGUGAUGUAAAAACAUUUAUUUAUUGCUCAUGCAAAUAGCAAUUCAAAGGCAUGUUGCAUUUAUACCAUUUUGUUUUUUGUUGUUGGAAGAUAUGAAUAUCACAGAGUGUUUCUAGUUUACCAGUUUAUCUUGAAUGUGUUUAAUUAUUGAGUUUGUUUUUAUAUUGUAACUCUGUAAACGACGCUUGUCAGACAAAACUUAUGGUUUCUAUGGUUACAUAAUUAAGUUGAAACUAAAAUCUGGAUCCUGCGCCAACAAAAAGUAAUUAGCUUAUUGUGAUGAUAGAGAACCAUAUGGUUACUAUGCUUGCUAUUCCAGUUUGUUUUGUCGUUCCAAAACUAUGGAAUCUAUGUUUACAGAAGUAAUAGAAAACUAAAAUAUGCAUCCUGCUCUAAAUUAAUAGUAUUUAAGCUUGAUAAAUUACAUUUAUGGUGAUCCUGUUCUAACCCGGUAGGGUACCAAUAUUUUGUAUGUGGCAAGCUCGCUUGAAUUCUUUUUUUUUAUUCCCAGUGGAAUGGAAUCUCAUUUUUAAUUGCUUUUCUGUACAACAAGUAUUUGUGUCUUAGACAUAUGUUAUGUAGAGUACCUAGCUGAUAAAGAAGUAAGGCGUUAAUAAAGUUAGACUUACUGGUA